AUGACCGAAAAAUUGCCCGACUUCGAUGCUGGUGUCGCGUACUGGACGGCGACGAGCGCAGAUGUAGACGGCGUCCUUGGAGGAUACGGCGAAGGCACCCCCGUCUCGCGCCUCGACGCAACCUCUUCCCGCCUGCUCAUCCUCUCGCUCCUCCCUCAACUCUCGACCAUCUCCCCUCCGCACCUCCCCGCUUCUUCCGCCCCUUCUCGUCCCUCGCGACCGUUCCGCGCUCUCGACUGCGGCGCCGGCAUCGGUCGCGUAACAUCCACCGUCCUCCUCCCGCUCUUCGACCUGGUCGACCUCGUCGAACCCGUCGAGCCGUUUGUCGUACAAGCGCAGACGAAUGCGUUGCAAGGCAGAGAAGGGUGGAAGUGGUUGCAUGUUGAGGAUGAGAGCAAGAAGAAGGGCGUGAGGAUUUGGAGGGCGGGGUUGCAGCAUUUCGAUCCGCUUGCGCCGGCGCGGCCGGUCAAGGGCGAGGCGAAUGGAGCGGAGGCGGCCGAAACGAGCGCGAAGGUGGAGCUGUUCGCGCAGCUGGGCAAGGAGGAUGCGGCAUGGCCUGAACCGUCGGAGGACUUGAAAGUUGCGGAAGAAGGGUACGACCUCGUCAUGGUCCAAUGGUGCAUCGGCCACCUCUCCGACUCGGAGCUCGUCGCGUACCUCCAACGAAGUCGACGAGCGCUCCGUCAACGGGCAGACGGGACAUGCGAGGGCUACAUCAUCGUCAAGGAGAACGUCUGCAAGGAUACGGACGGAGAUGGCGCGGGCAAGAUCUUUGACGAGGACGACAGCUCGAUCACGAGGUCGGACAAGGCGUUCAGGGAGGUGUUUGAACAGGCGGGGCUGACGAUCGUGCGGCGAGAGGUGCAGAGGGGUUUCCCGGCCGAACUGUUCCCCGUCGUCGCGUACGCGUUGCGAUAG